AUGUCCCCUCGGCGAUCUUCAGACUUAGACCUUUCUCCACCGUCUCCGCUCCGUACUCCUACUCCACCAGGUCAAUCGCCCACUGGUGGGGUUCUUAACAAAAGGAAAAAAUCCCGCGAAGAGAAGGAUUCCAUAUUUUCGUUUUUUUGGUCUAGUUCACGACCCGCCUCUCCCAGUCAUGAUUCUAGUCUUCAUUCGCUGAACAACAUAACCUCCAGAUCAAGUAAAAGAGAAGGACGUCAUAUUCGCAAGUUGUCUGCGGGUAACUUGAAAUCAGUUUUAUCUUUACCAGACGGUGACGAGCCAAGGAGAAAAUCAUUUGAUUCAGUUCAACCUGACAUGAAUGUUCGAUACGGAUAUGUUGCUCCGCCGGAUCCAAACAUAGUCCCUUUUGCCUAUCAAUCUCUUGAUCUACCUUUUGAAACUGACAACGAUUCAUUGCCAAAAACAAAUCCCGGCGGACCGAACAAGGAAGAAAAAAAAAAGAAUAUAUUUCCUAAAUGGUUCAGGAAAGGUUCAAAGGAUAAAGAUACGGCUCUGUAUGAAGGUUUGUUUGUACGAUCCGAAUUAUUUAUAAAUCGAAAAAAUUCGGAUUUCGACUCAUAUUCUUUUCCAAAUUUAAUUGUCACUCCUACCCACGAAAAGGAUGAUCCAUUUCUGGCCACAUUAAAUAGUAAUAGUCGUGCUCCGUCAUUGACAGGAAAAAGUGACCACCAUUGGGUAAAAGUGAACCUCAAAAAGGAGAAAUCAUGGAAAAAGAAG